UUUACGUGUUCGAAUAAAUAAUAAAAUGUUGUGCAAACAUUGGUAAUAAUCUCAUGUUAAUAAGUGGAAUCAAAAACCUUAACAAAGUUCUGUGAGUGCUGGAUUUUUAAGGAUUUACUUACGGUCGCGUCCGACCGUGACCGAGACUUAAACGUCCGCCGCCUCGCGCUCGUCUCACUGCAGUGCGGCGAUAAACACAACAAUAACAAUAACAGCGACUACUACAAACACAACAACAACAAUAACAACAACACAGUAACUCGUUUGGCGGCGACGGUAUCGGCAACGGCAGGAACAGGAGCAGGAGCAGUGUCACCGCCGCCGCGGUCCAUUGUCAGCGCACGUUCAUUGUGUCGUCGACCGUCACCGCAGCGACACGCACAUCAUCGCCACCGCAGCCGCCGCCGCCGCCGUCAUUUGGCUCGACUAUGGACCCAGCGACGGUCGCGCUGAUAUUGUCGUUCUCGGCGCUCGCCGUUGCUGCCACUGGCAAACCGCCGAACGGCCGCGGCGCAUUCGGUUAUCCGGACGACGAGCACGUGAUCAUCACUCAGUACGGGCCGAUGCGGUACGAACCGAUCACCGCCGACCAGAUGAACAGACCGUACGACGGCGACGGGAAAUCCGCUCCGUCCGGCCGCGGCUAUUACAAGGCCGAGGUGAUACCGUUGGACAUGAACACCUGGAAGCCCGCGGCCGGCGCCGACGGCCGUUGGGUCGGCAGAUCGGCCGCCGAUGGCCGGGUCGAUUCGUUCGACGUGCCGCUCCGGGUCGGAUAUUCGGUGCGGCCCCCGGCACGACGACGCCGACACGAUUACCUGCAGUUGGUGGGUUAUCGGACGCGACCGCAGCAACCGCACUGGAACCAUCAUCAGCCGGCCGUCCUACGCCGACGCAUCGACACCGAUCCUCUGGAGGUACCGGUCCGACCGCGGUUUUUUGAAGGCAGGACACAGUUUGCCUGAAGUCCAACAUAAUGAACCAAAUGAACUAUGAGCACCAUUUGUGGACAUAAGAUAUAGCGUCAUGUAUGUGUUAAUUCUAUGGAGAUAAAACUCUUUACUUAUUUUACUCGUUAUGCAGUAAAUAUUAUAUGAUACUUUAUUAUAAUAUUGCGAUUUUAUGUUGAUGUUCCGAUUUUAAUAUUAAAAGUGUUAUUUUGUAAUAAAUCGUAAUACUAAUGGAAUACCUACGCUAAACAAUGCAAAUAAAAUAAACAAUUCCGUUAAGAACAUAAUAUGUUAUAGUAAUAAUAAUUAUUCUAAUUAUUCUUAAAAAAUAAAUCUGUUCUACAUUUAAGUAUACAUUUUAUUGUUGAAAUAGUAAAAAUAAUAAUUAUGAUAAGUUGAUGUCACUAUGUCAGCAGGAUUGCAGGAAUGAUCUAUAAGCUAUGUCGUUGUUGUUAUCAGAUUACCUACUUAUAGGCUGUAGAACUAUGUCAUAAACAUCAAUGUUCUCAACGACUUUAAUGGAUAAUACACAACUAAUAACUUUUCUUGAUCUAGAUAAUUAAAUUAAAUAAUAAAUGAUUUCUUUUAUUUAUAGUAAAAACUAGUUAUGAAUGUUUUGAUAAUUAAUUUAUUACGUAUUUAUGUCCGUGUGCGAAUAUUUUUGUACGUAAUAUACUUUGUACUUAUAAUAUAAUAUCGUGAUUAUUUAUUUAUUAUUAUUAUUGUUUUAAUAAUAUAAUUUAUACGUGAAGUUAAAAGUAGUUGUAGUUAUAUUUUGGUAUCUAUAUUGCGCUUAUUCGAUUGUUGAUAUUAUAUGCAUGCACUUGUUAUAUUCGAAAUAUAAUAAUUUAAAUGGUAAUUCAAUUACCUAUAUAAUAAUUAUAGGUAUUGUAUUGUAUAUUAUGUUGUUUAUCUUUAGUGCACCAGUAGGAUUACAUUCUUAUUUAAAUAAAUGCAUUGUUCAUUAAACUAUUUUAUUUCAUAGAACUAGAUGUUAAAAAUAGAAUUAUAGUACUAGAGUACAUAAAUAAACCUAUUAAGUUGUUCUA